AUGAGCGGCUCAAGCGAGCCCCGGCGAGGCCCCAGCGCCACAGCGGGCACAGUCAGAGCAGGAGCGGCAGCAGCGGCCUCGGCGCCAGCGGCCGGGCCGGGGGAGCAGCUCGUCCCGCUGCAGCCGCGCUCGUUGGGCGGGGGCGCGGCGGGCGGGAGGCCCCCGGGGGAGCGGACCCGGGGCAGGGGGAGGCGGGCGCUGCUGUGCGCAGAGGCCCUCCCCUCCCUCCCCCCCCGGCCCGCCGCUUUCGGUGUCCCUGUGUCCGUCCCUAGCCCGGCUCUCCCCUCCACACCAGUCCAGCCCGCCGCUUUUGGGGCCCGCCCCGGCCCCGCCCCUGCCGGCGGCCCCAGUCCCGGCUCCGGCCCCGCUCCCGAUGUCCGCGGCCGUUCCAGCAGCCCCCGCCCCCGCUGCGUUCUCUGCCGCGGCUCCAUUGAACCCGGCUUCGGCCCCGCGGGCCGCGCUGGGCCCGCCGGCAGCUCGGCCUCCUGGCGCCGUGGCUGCUGCGGACCCGUGCAGAGGCUCCACGCCAGCCUCUGGUACCGGCCCGAAGAGCUGGUGCCCUUGGCGGUGCCGGCAGCAGCCUCCGCUUUUGCUCCCCCGCUCCUGGAGGAAUCGGCCUCCGAGAGGAUUCCCACCUCCUACCCCCCCUGGAGGAAUCGGCCUCCGAGAGCAUUCCCACCUCCUACCCCCCCUCCCUCCCUCGCCUGCACCGUUCCCCUGGCAACGACCGCUUCUGCUGCUCCUCUGAAAGGAGAAGCAAAACGCCAAAGUUCCAUCUCGAGGAACGAGCCCUUGCAGAAGGAAAUAAUAUCUGGAGACGGUUCUUCCAGAUGUGUCCAAGGAAAAAGAAUGUCAGGGUAGGCUUUAGUUGAUGGGGGGACUAUGCACACUGGAAGAUUUAGCACACAAGAAGGGAAAUACAUCUACUGAUUCAAG